AUGGCUCCAGUGCGUCGGUAUCUCAGAAUAUCCAAAUAUUCGGUCCUUGAGUGCCGAAUUUAUCUCGACAAUCCCGCUCUAGCUCAAUCAUGGCUUCUCAACCCUCGGAAUCCAAUAUUGCCCAAGGUUAUUGAGAGCAUCCGUCCUUUAGUCCUACCAAAGCUUCGUGAAGAGAAAGAGAGAAUGAUGAAGAAGAAGAGCAAAAAGAAGAGUAUCAAGGAUGUGAUCGUCUCCGGUAAGCCCAUCCUUUAUGCUGGACGGGACAAGCUGCCACCGAAGCUUGAGUCUAACUCAUCUAAGCUUAUCGGAGAAACGGACAGCGUUCCUGUAGAUGUUGACGAUGAAUUUCGCGCCCCAGUUCUACAAGAGGAUGAUGAGGAUGAGGUGAGAUUGUCAGAUAUUCCAGUCGCCGAAACAACGACAAGACGCAGCAAGCGCCAGAGAGGAACAGCAGACCCGGAUCAAGAUGAUUCUGAGGCUUUUGAAGAUGAUGAAACAGCCUCGGCCAUUGAAAUCGACUCAGACACGGAGGCGCCCCCGCACAAGAGACCCCGGGCCAAGGAGGACGACGGUCUCAACACAAACGAUGACAAGAAGAAACUUGCAAUGGAUGUAUCAUAUGAGGGAUUUGCAAUCUAUGGCCUGGUACUGUGCCUCGUGGUCAAGAAGAGAGCGAGCGCUGCAGCCAGCAACAGCGGUGGGGUUGCAAAAGGCCGGCCAGAAGGUCAAGCCAUGAUGGAAAAUUGGAUAUCGUCAACUCAAGUGCCGGUUGGAGAGGAUAUCCCAUAA